AUGGCGGCGGAUCGAGGCGGGGAUGGGCUGAGACUGAAAGAGGGGAGUGAGGUGGUUCGUUUGGCACCGGUCUUGCUCGAAUUGGUGCUCGGAGCUGAGAGAAACCCUCUCCUAAAGUCGGCUGGUCGAACUGGAGGAGGAGAAGAAAACUAG